UGACCAUUUAAGAUCCAGUCAGUUAGUUAAGAAUACACAUCUCCUUAGGACUUUACGCAUCUAGGCUUUUUACUGACUAACAUGGAGGAGCAACGGUAUCCGGUUAAUGUCCGACUGAUUGGAGUGAUGCACAAGGAGAAAAGCAAAAUGUACAUGACAUCGGUGCUUUGGUCAGAUCAGAAUGACAUCAUUGUUUACAGAACCUUCAAGGACUUCAAGACACUUAAUGAACAAAUGAAGAAGAAAUUCCCACCUGCGAACCCACUUAAAAAAUCGGACAGAAUUAUUCCUAGAUUUCGAGACUGGAGGAUGAAGAUUAACACAAAGAAUAAUGGUCCAAGCAAGUCGAUGGUCCAGCUCAAGUUUUUGGAGAAAUACUGCAGCGAGCUCCUCAGCUGUGACCCGCGAGUCUCACAGUGUCCUGAACUCAUCCGGUACUUCCACCCGAAGGACCAAGAUCUACAGCCAGAGUUUGCCAAGAAUAGUAUCAUGAUCAUGCCUUCAGAGGAUUCCGCUGGACAUGGCAAGAGUGUCAACAUUGGCAACGUUACGCAGCCGUUCGUAACAGAGGCAUACCGGUGCAUGGCACCCUAUGAGACCAAAGACACCAAGAACCGGCCGUUCAAAGUGGCCGUGGACGAAAACUUGGACGUGCUCAUCAAAGACAAAGCAGGCUGGUGGCUGGUGGAGAAUGAGGACAAGCGUAUGGCCUGGUUCCCUGCUCCAUACCUGGAGAAGGUAGAGGGGGAUGAGGAGGACGAUAGUGACAGGUCCUAUGGAGAAAGUGUGCUGUACAGUGCUGUCAGAAGCUACAAAGCCACAAAUGGAGACGAGGUGUCUGUGGACAUUGGCUCAGUGGUGGAAGUCCUGCAGAAGUCUGACAAUGGCUGGUGGCUGAUCAGAUACAAUGGCAAGACCGGCUACGUACCUGCCAUGUACCUGCAGCCCUACAACAACCCUCGUGUCCGCCUGGCGGCUCUCAACCUGGCCCAGCUGCAGGUCCACGGCUCCAGCUCUGACCACACGCUGGCCGGACACUCCCACGAGCGCAGUCGUUCCCAAGGCAAUCUCCUACAGCUACCCGGCUCCAGUCCUUCCACACCAAAUCAGCUCAAGCCUACCGACAAGCUCAAGUCUCAUUCUUUUAAUGUUCUAUCUGUGCCUCGGCCUAGCCCUUCACCUGUGAUGGUCACCACCCCCGCCCUGGCAUACCCUAGCAAGGGCACUCCAACACCUACUGUCAUGGUGGAGGUGGACGGGGAGGUGGAUAGACACAAGCGCAGCCUCGCUGGCAGCAAGGGCAGCAUGGGAAGUGAGGGCAGCAUGGGAAGCGAGGGCAGCGACUUCAGCUUCAGCGACGACCUCAGUUCGUCGUCCUGCAGCUUGUCGCUCAACCUGAGCCACGCCGACAUGGACGAGUGUCUCAGGCGCGCCCGCACACCGCCACCCAUGGUGGUGGCCGACCGCCUCAACCCCAACAGCGGCGUGUCGGAGGGGAGGAUGGUCCACGGAAGAUCUGACCCAAACCUGUUCAAGAUGGCCCCCACCACCCCCAAGGUGCCCCCCAGGCCCAGGGCGCAGGAGAUCCUGAUGCGCUGCACUACCGUCACGCGCAAGAACGCCUCCAAAGCCAAGCUGUCCCCAGCGCCUGCUGUGAUACUGAGCCGCUAAAUUGGAGCAGUGUUGACCCUAAAUGGUGGUGGGUCCAGACCCACUGGUGAGUCAUGGGUAGCCAGUUCCUCCUUAGCCCUUUAAAACCGAGGGUGAAGACUGGGUUGUGGCCAGGACUUGUGGUGUGGUGUCUUGAUGGGUUCCAGGAAGAAUCCAAAGGCUUUAGCACAGAAAGUCACUGUACUAGAAGCCCAGAAGACAGACUGAGACUUAUCCGUUAUGAAGUUACCUGAACAUGAUUACACUGUGACAUGGUUUACAAAUGUUUAACUGCCUUGGGGCUGGUCAUGUAACCAUGAGUUGUGAUAUGAGAGGAAGAAUCAUAUGUUACUGUAAUAGUCUGAGUCACAUAUUGAGUCUUUAUUUUUUUAAUGUGGAGGUUUACUUCUUGCUCUGUUCGUCAGGCCUACUUCCAUGCACCUGCAGAUGAAUACUGAUAACUGCAUUGUAGACAUUAUUUUAAAUGCUGUCUGUUAAUUCAGGAUUCAUUUUGUGGAUGAACAAAUAUUAAGGUUGGGGGUUUACUGUCAUUUGUUUACGUUCCUGUUUUAAUGAAGAAUUUUUCUUAAUGUGAAAAGUCAGGUUUUAUACUGGUGUAAAUAAAUAUUCAGUAGCAAUUUAGAUAGGCUUGAUAGAAAACAAGAAAACAUUUCUGUGAUUGUCAUGAAUUAGUGCCUUCUGUUAAAUCCAAAAAUGUGUUUUCAUAGUAUGGCCUUUUAAUCUAGGGAUCUCUAUUUUUCCAUACUGGAAAACUGUUAUUAGUAACUAUGGUUGAUUCCAUAUCAUAUUGUACUGCAAACUGCAACAAAUUCUAAUACUAAAAUAACUAGCAACUAUAGUUGAUUCUAUAUCAUGUUGUACUGCAAACUGCAAUAAAUUCUAAAAUAUCAUACUAAAAUAACUUGU